CGGGUCCUUCAGGACACGUGUUUGUCUACAUUUUCCUGAUUGUUCGUGGUAGCUGCUUGAGGCAUCAUGGCAGACUUACAGAUGAAGAUUCUUAGAAAGAAAAUACAGAAAAAGAAUGACAUAAACAAAAAGCGAGGGAUGCUUAAGAAACUUAAAGAGGCUGAAAAUGAGCUGGCAUCAAACGAUGAGUCUAAGGCUGAUGUGACCGAUGAAACAUUGACAGAGUCGGAGGCUAAAUCGGCCGCACAACAGGACGAUACUCCAACGAGUGAAGAGUCUACCCCAACUUUAGGAAAGAAGAGGAAAGUUGCUGGCUCCAUUGAUUCUGGUGGGUCGAAGAAAAAGAAAAAGAAGAAUUUGAAGAAAGUUGUUGAUGACUGUUGCUCGCAUGAGGGUGAGGAGUCUGAACAAGCAGAUCUUGAGGAUAGCGAACAGACAGCAGACGAUGAAAUUGAGACAGACAAGGAGGCGGACAGUAAAACUGAAGAAGAAAAAGAUGGAAAAGGUGAAAGUGAAGCUGCGGCGGAGCUCCCGUUGGGAUUAACGGGGGCAUACGAGGACCGCUCUUUUGCAUCCCUGGCAGAUGUAGUGAGCGAGGCCACCCAGAAAGGAGUGAAGGAGAUGGGCUUCGAGAACAUGACUGCGAUUCAACACAAGAGCAUCCGACCUCUGCUCGAAGGAAGAGACGUAUUAGCUGCUGCUAAAACAGGUAGUGGUAAAACUUUAGCCUUCCUCAUCCCUGCCAUUGAACUCAUCUACAAACUGAAGUUUAUGCCCAGAAAUGGUACUGGCGUUAUCAUUUUGUCCCCCACACGAGAGUUGGCCAUGCAGACUUAUGGUGUGUUAAAGGAGUUGAUGACUCAUCACGUGCACACUUUUGGCCUUAUUAUGGGUGGCAGUAACCGAGCCGCAGAAGCUCAGAGGCUCGCAAAUGGUGUCAACAUAGUGGUGGCCACUCCUGGCCGACUGCUGGACCACCUGCUAAACACACCUGCUUUCAUGUACAAAAACCUUCAGUGUCUGAUUAUUGACGAAGCAGAUAGGAUACUGGAGGUAGGAUUUGAGGAGGAGCUGAAGCAGAUCAUCAAGCUGCUGCCAAAGAAACGUCAGUCCAUGCUGUUCUCAGCCACACAGACCCGCAAGGUGGAGGAUUUGGCCCGCAUCUCUCUGAAGAAGGAGCCGCUCUACGUCGGUGUGGAUGACAACGACGAAGCAGCCACAGUGGAUGGACUGGAACAAGGCUAUGUGGUGUGUCCCUCUGAGAAAAGAUUCCUUCUGCUUUUUACGUUCCUGAAGAAAAACCGCAAUAAGAAAAUCAUGGUGUUCUUUUCGUCCUGCAUGUCUGUCAAGUUUCACUAUGAGCUUCUCAACUACAUCGACCUGCCAGUCAUGGCCAUUCACGGCAAACAGAAGCAGACCAAGCGUACAGCCACCUUUUUCCAAUUCUGCAACGCAGAGAAAGGCAUUCUUCUCUGCACGGACGUGGCCGCCAGAGGCUUGGACAUCCCAGAGGUUGACUGGAUUGUCCAGUACGACCCACCUGAUGAUCCCAAGGAGUACAUCCACCGCGUUGGAAGAACUGCCCGUGGAAUCGACGGCCGUGGCCACGCUCUCCUGAUCCUCCGCCCCGAGGAACUGGGCUUCCUGCGCUUCCUCAAGCAAGCCAAGGUUCCCUUGAGCGAGUUCGAGUUCUCCUGGACCAAGAUCUCUGACAUUCAGUCACAGCUGGAGAAACUGAUUGAGAAGAACUACUACCUCCACAAGUCUGCUCAGGAGGCCUACAAGUCCUACGUCAGGGCGUAUGACUCUCACUCUCUCAAACAGAUCUACAGUGUUGAUACGCUCAACCUACCAAUGGUGGCCCUGUCCUUUGGCUUCAAAGUACCUCCCUAUGUGGACCUGGGUGUCCACAGCAGUAAGGGUAUGAAGCUACAAAAGAGAGGUGGCGGAGGUGGCUUCGGCUUUCAGAAGUCCAAGAACGUCCAGAAGGCUAAGAUCUUCAAGCAUGUUAACAAGGGAGGCAGGAGAGAUUCAAGGCAGUUCUCCCGCUGAUGAGAAUUUGAUAAAUAUUCUAAAGUUUAACAUUUAAAUCUGUUUUAUAUUCAGUGUUGUUGAUAACAUUGAGUGUUGACGAUCUUGUUGGAUGGCUGCAUGGUCAUGUGCAGAGAGCUGGGUGCAGUCAGUGAACAGAACUUUAAAGAACAUUUUAGGACUGAGUUCAGUUCAGUUUCAUAUUUGUCUCUGUAUAAAGAGUAGCUUAUUUACUCUGUAUAUCUUCACAUUUUGUAAUUUGUAUUAUGAACUCUGUCGAUUUCCUCUCCCAGAUAUGGUAAUAAACCUCUAAAAUGGG